AUGCGCAGUCAGGUCCUGCUGGGAUCAGCCGCUUCCCAGGUGUUGAAGACAUGUGGUUCAUGUGAAUAUUGGGAGUUGGAGGAGUAUGCGAAUUUAGAACCGGAUAAUCAUGAAUUUGGGAGGAAAACAGAUUCUGUGAGAUAUGCAGAUGUGGCCGUGGAAUUUACCCAGGAGGAGUGGAGUUUGCUGAAUUUUUCUCAAAGGAAACUUUACAGAGAUGUGAUGUUGGAAAUCUUAAGUUAUCUGGACUCAGUUUUUGAAAAUCUAUUCCUAAUGAUAGUUUCAGUCUCUCAACAGGGUAAUAAUGGACAAAAAGUGUGCAGUGAACUUAAACUAGCGAAAUUGAUGAACAAUGAUGCUUGGUGGUUCACGUCAGGAGAAAUCUGUGAGUUUCAUGGCAGUGAAGAUCACAACAACCAGGAUGGACGUACCAGAAAAUAUAUGGUAGAGAGCUGCUGUGCAAAUAAAGAAGAUGAAGUGAACAUGUGUGAAGAAGGUGAUCAAAGUGCCUGCUCUGAGGCAAAUCAUCGGAGCCUCAAAGGAAUUAACAGAACUGAGCUUGGAGUGAAUCCUUUUGACUUUCAUGAGGGAGGUAAUUAUAACUUUAAUCAUCCAAUCAGAUCUCACCCUGAAUAUAAACCAUACCAGUAUAAAGAACAUAGAGAAACCUGCUGUUCUCCCUCUUACAUAAAACAUCAUUCAAAUACUGUUAAUGGGGAGAAAGUUUGUAAAUGUGAGGAUUGUAGGAAACCCAAGGAUAAUUGCUCAUCCCUCACUAAAUACAUGAGACGAACUCCCAGUGAAGAGAGGCCUUAUGAAUGUAAAGAAUGUGGAAAAGCUGUUAGUCUACACUUAUCAUUAACUCACCUUCCAAGUACUCAUAGUGGAGAGAGGCCUUAUGAUUGUAGGGAACAUGAGAAAGCCUUUUGUCAUGCCACAGCCCUCAAUAAGCAUAUCACAAUUCAUAAUGCAGAGAAGCCUCUUGAGUGUGAGGGAUGUGGGAAAUCCCUGUAUCUUCCCACACAGCUCACUCAACAUAAAUUAACACACAGUGGAGAGAAAUCUUUUAAGUGCAAUGACUGUGGAAAAGCCUUUAGUCACUCCUCAACCCUCAGUGCACAUAAAAAAUCUCACAGUGGAGAGACACCUUAUGAAUGUAAGGAGUGUGGGAAAGCCUUCACUUAUGCUGCAGCCCUGACUAAGCAUACAAAAAUUCACAGUGGAGAGAGGCCGUAUGAGUGUAAGGAAUGUGGGAAAGCCUUUAUUACAUCCUAUAACCUCACUCAGCAUAUAAGAACUCACAGUGGAGAGAAGCCUUAUGAAUGUAAGGAAUGUGGGAAAGCUUUCACUCGGUCAGACAUCCUUACUAAACAUAUCCGAUCUCACACUGGAGAGAAACCUUAUGAAUGUAAAGAAUGUGGGAAAGCCUAUCGCUACACCUCACAGCUCUAUGAACAUAAGAGAACACACAGUGAAGACAGGCCUUAUGAGUGUAAGGAAUGUGGGAAAGCCUUCAAAUACUCCUCAGGCCUCAAUGUGCAUAAAAAAACGCAUAGCGGAGAGAAGCCUUAUGAAUGUAAUGACUGUGGAAAAGCAUAUCGUCACUUCUCCCACCUCUCUGCCCAUAAACGAUCUCACAGUGGAGAGAGGCCUUAUGAAUGUAAGGAAUGUGGGAAAGCCUUUAUUACAUCCUACAAACUCACUCAACAUAUAAGAUCUCACCUUGGAGAGAAGCCUUAUGAGUGUAAGGAAUGUGGAAAAGCUUUCACUCGGUCAGACAUCCUUACUAAACAUAUCCGAUCUCACACUGGAGAGAAACCUUAUGAAUGUAAAGAAUGUGGGAAAGCCUAUCGCUAUACUUCACAGCUCACAGAACAUACAAGAUCUCACAGUGGAGUAAAGCCUUAUGAGUGUAAGGAAUGUGGGAAAGCCUACAAAUCUUCCUCAGGCCUUAAUGUGCAUAAAAAAACACACAGUGGAGAGAAGCCUUAUGAAUGUAAUGACUGUGGAAAAGCCUUUCGUCACCCCUGUAACCUCAAUGCCCAUAAGCGAUCCCACAGUGGAACCAGGCCCUAUGAGUGUAAGGUCUGUGGGAAAACCUUUACUUAUUCUGGAAACUUCAAAGUACAUCUAAGAUACCACAGUGGAGACAGGCCUUAUGAGUGUAAGGAGUGUGGGAAAACCUUCAUUCAGUCCUCACACCUGAUUGUACAUCAAAAUAUACACAAUGGAGAGAAGCCUUAUAUAUGUAAUUAA